AUGAAGCGUGCAGGUGGCCCAACCAGUGCCGUGGACCGGCUCAGUGCCCUGCCGGAAGAGCUCCUCCAUGUCAUCCUGUCCUUCCUCCCGGCACCGCUGGUUGUGCAGACGAGCUUGCUGUCACGGCGGUGGAGGCGCCUCUGGCGGUCCACCCCUCUCAUCAAAAUCGACGAACAAGACUUUGGAAUCUCUACAAAGAUCAGGGCCAGCACCCUGGAGGGCAGGUGGGCAAAGUUUGAGGACUUCGCCACCAACCUGCUGCUGUUCCAUGAUAAUACCUCAGCCUUGGGUGGAUUCCGCUUGCGUUGUCAAGUCUAUAAUUGGCGUCAUGUGGAUCGAUGGAUUCGCCGUGGCAUUGAGUAUUGUCCUUCUGUGCUCCAGAUUGAACUAGUAGGCCAUGUUCCUGGGUUCAAGCUUCCUCCCAUGUUGGAAUCAAAUUUCCGUUGUCUUAAAAGGCUGCGCCUUACGCAUAUUAUUUUGAAUAGCCAUUUCACUGGCUCUCUCUGUUCUGCAUGCCCUGUCUUGGAAGAUAUGAAUCUCAGUUAUUGUGAGUUUUGUGACAUUUGUCCUCAAGGCAUUAUAUCACCCAAGCUGAAUAAGUUAGUAAUGGAGUUUUGUUCGAAUAAUACACGUUAUCCUUUGGUGAUCACGGCUCCUAGCCUUACCUAUCUCUGUCUCUCAUUUGGAAACUUUCUAGCUGGUAUUUUGUUAUGCAAAAUGGAUUCCCUUGUCAAAGCAAAGAUUUCUGUCCCAGAAGAUGAAAUAUCUGAGGAGAACCAGCGCGAGCUUCUUGGUAGCUUGUGCAAUGUGACAAGUUUAGAGUUGAUUGGUUUUGAAGCAGAGGUGAUGCUGAAUGAGAAUCCUGAUGAAUUUCGAAUAUUUCAUAAUCUGCGAACCUUGGGCCUUCAUAGCUGUUUUCUUAAUGGAUAUGAACUGACUGACAAAUUGGAGGCUUUAGGGAGCUUUCUUCAGAAUGCACCUUGUUUGGAGAAGCUUAGUUUGCAGUACUGCAUGUUCUACUCAUUUUCUGAUUCAGAGUGGGAAAUAGAAAGGAAAAACAUCACCCUACCCCGACAUGAUGGAAAGAUUCUCCGUUGUCAAAAGCUGAAGUUGAUAGAAGUCAUCUAUGAUCAUGACCAUGAUCACCAACUAAUUGAACUAGUGUGGAGUCUUGGAAGGAGCUUACCAGAUGCCAAUAUCAAACUUAACAAAAUUGAUAGGUUUCCUCCGUAG